AUGGCUAUCUGGGAGCAACUAGAAGUCUCAAAAGCCCAUGUCGCAUAUGCCUGUGUCGGUGUCUUUUCAUCGAUAUUCUCCUUAUUCUCACUUUAUGUGAAAGAAAAGCUUUAUAUUGGUGAGUCCACCGUAGCAGGUAUAUUUGGCCUUAUUGUGGGUCCCGUUUGUUUGAACUGGUUCAAUCCUUUGAAGUGGGGGAAUUCAGACAGUAUAACAUUAGAAAUAACAAGAAUAGUGUUAUGUUUGCAGAUUUUCGCCGUUGCUGUGGAACUGCCACGGAAGUAUAUGCUGAAACAUUGGGUGUCUGUGACGAUGCUUUUAUUACCAGUGAUGACAGCCGGAUGGCUUAUUAUCGGUCUCUUUGUUUGGAUUAUUAUACCUGGUUUAAACUUUCCUGCUAGUCUGUUGAUCUCUGCAUGCAUUACAGCAACAGAUCCUAUUUUGGCCCAGUCGGUCGUGUCCGGUAAGUUUGCACAAAGAGUCCCCGGUCAUUUAAGAAACCUACUUUCUGCAGAGUCAGGCUGUAAUGAUGGUAUGGCCUUUCCUUUUUUAUUUCUUUCUAUGAAUUUAAUCCUGCAUCCUGGUAAUGGAAGAGAAAUUGUAAAAGAUUGGUUUUGUGUUACUAUUCUAUACGAGUGCAUGUUCGGAUGCUUGCUAGGUUGUUUCAUUGGAUACGUUGGCAGAAUCACCAUCAGGUUUGCUGAAAAGAAAAACAUUAUCGACCGUGAGUCGUUCUUGGCGUUUUAUGUUGUCCUAGCAUUUAUGUGUGCAGGGUUCGGCUCCAUCUUGGGUGUGGAUGAUCUGUUGGUGUCAUUUGCAGCCGGUGCGACUUUCGCAUGGGAUGGAUGGUUCUCUCAAAAAACACAAGAAAGUAAUGUCUCCACUGUGAUUGAUUUGCUACUAAACUACGCGUAUUUUAUUUAUUUUGGUGCCAUUAUACCAUGGAGCCAAUUCAACAACGGUGAAAUUGGUACGAACGUUUGGCGUUUAAUCAUACUUUCUAUAGUGGUCAUUUUUUUACGUAGAAUCCCUGCAGUCAUGAUAUUAAGGCCACUUAUACCUGAUAUCAAAUCGUGGCGUGAGGCACUUUUUGUGGGUCAUUUCGGUCCUAUUGGUGUUGGUGCCAUUUUUGCUGCUAUAUUAGCCCGUGGUGAAUUAGAAUCGACCUUCAGUGAAGAACCAACUCCUUUGAAUGUAGUACCGUCUAAAGAAGUAACCAAACACUGGCAAUUAAUAGCCUGCAUAUGGCCUAUUACCUGUUUUUUUAUUGUUACCUCUAUUAUAGUUCAUGGUUCUUCGGUUGCCAUCAUAACACUAGGUCGUCAUCUGAACACAAUAACGUUAACUAAGACAUUCACUACUCAUACUACCAAUGGUGACAAUGGUAAAAGUUCUUGGAUGCAAAGAUUGCCUUCAUUGGAUAAAGCUGGAAGAUCCUUUUCCUUGCAUCGUAUGGAUACUCAAAUGACUCUAUCAGGAGAUGAAGGUGAAGAAGAAGAAGGAGGUCGUAAAGGAUUCACAGGAGGUGAAGAAGAGGAAGGACUAAACAAUGACGAAAUCGGUAACGUCGCGACGAGCGGUAUUCCUGCAAGACCUGCUGGUGGUAUGCCAAGAAGAAGAAAAUUGUCAAGAAAAGAGAAAAGACUAAACAGAAGACAAAAACUAAGGAACAAGGGUAGAGAAUUAUUUUCAUCUCGAUCUAAAAACGAUAUGUAUGAUGAUGAUGAAUUAAAUGAUUUAGGUAGAGAACGUCUGCAAAAAGAAAAGGAAGCACGCGCUGCCACGUUCGCAUUAAGCACAGCCGUCAAUACACAACAUAACGAAGAGAUUGGAAUGGGCGGAGAUGAGGAAGAGGAUGAAUACACACCAGAAAAGGAGUACAGCGACAAUUACAAUUACAAUUUCAACGAUAACGAUAAUACGCCAAGUUUUGAAUCAUCUACGGGAUCGUCAUCUCUACGAGAAAGAAGAUAUAUACCAAGAAACCUUCAUGAUGAAGAAGGGGAGGAAAGUGAAAUCGAAAGCGAAGAUGAGACUGAAGACGAAAGUGGAAGGUCAAUGGCCAGUAGCGAAGAAAGAAGAAUUCGAAAAAUGAAAGAAGAAGAAAUGAAACCUGGAACGGCUUACCUUGACGGCAAUAGAAUGAUUAUUGAAAAUAAGCAAGGUGAGAUCUUGAACCAAGUCGAUAUUGAGGAUCGCAACAGGGCGAAAGAUGACGAAGCCAGUGUUGAUAGUACGACCCAUUCAAGCUUGACGACUACAAUGACCAAUAUAUCCAGUGGCAGUGCUGGAAGGUUAAAGAGAAUUUUAACUCCUACUUCCUUAGGAAAGAUACACUCGUUGGUCGAUAAAGGGAAGGAUAAAAAUAAAAAUAAGUAUCAUGCAUUUAAGAUAGACAAUCUGUUAAUCAUUGAAAAUGAGGAUGGCGAUGUUAUAAAAAGAUACAAGAUAAAUCCACAUAAAUCUGAUGACGAUAGAAGUAAGAACCGUCCAAGAAAUGAUAGCGUUGUAUCAAGGGCCUUAACAGCCGUUGGGUUAAAGAGCAAAGCAAACAGUGGCGUACCGCCUCCAGUAGACGAAGAGAAGGCCAUCGGAGGACCUCCAACGAAAGGUCCUGGGAUGCUAAAGAAAAGAACAUUAACACCUGCACCUCCGAGGGGAAUUCAAAGUUCGUUAGAUCUGGAAGAUGAAGAAUCAUCUGAGGAAGACUUGGGUGAUAGCUACACCAUGGACGAUAGUGAAGAUUACGACGAUAAUGCCUACGAAUCGGAAACCGAGUUCGAAAGACAAAGAAGAUUAAAUGCGUUGGGUGAAGUGGAAGCACCGGCCGACCAAGAUGAUGAGGAGUUACCGCCGUUACCUGUAGAGGCGCAAAUAGAGAAUGAUGGUCCUGGCACUGCCGAAGGAAAAAAGAAGCAAAAGAGCGCUGUUAAGUCUGCUCUAUCAAAAACACUUGGUCUUAAUAAGUAG